UUUUUGUUGGGAGGGGCAUUUUAUUGUGUGUNGAGCUAUUCAUCCGACCGACUUUGUGAGAAUUUAAGUUUGAGAUGGAUGUUUAAUUGAGUAAGAGCUUGGCGGUUUUGGAUUUGUGAUUCGACUUGGAGUUGGAGUUCGGAAAGUGAAGACUGGGGCUGGAAGAUUGCGUUGUUCGAGCUUAAUCCGAGUUAUGGAAGAAAGGGACGCUAGUAGAAUUAAUAUGGGGAUGUCAGAUGUGGUUCUUGGCUGUGUAAUGCCCUAUAUUCAUGACCCGAAAGAUCGCGACGCUGUGUCUCAGGUUUGCAGGAGAUGGUACGAGCUCGAUGCGCUCACUCGCAAGCACAUUACCAUCGCUCUUUGCUACACCACCACGCCGGAACGGCUACGGCGGCGGUUUAUUCAUCUCGAAUCCCUGAAAUUGAAGGGCAAACCCAGAGCCGCGAUGUUUAAUUUGAUACCCGAGGAUUGGGGAGGGUACGUAACCCCCUGGGUAAGGGAGAUUGCUGAUUCUUUCAAUUGCUUGAAGUCUCUCCACUUCCGGCGUAUGAUUGUCGUGGAUUCGGAUCUGGAGCUUCUCGCGCGUGCACGGGGCCGUGUUCUUCAGUCGCUCAAACUCGAUAAAUGUUCUGGAUUCUCCACCGAUGGGCUAUUCCAUAUCGGACGCUCUUGCCGGAAUUUAAGAACGUUGUUUUUGGAGGAGAGCUCAAUUAAUGAGAACGAUGGGGAAUGGCUACAUGAACUUGCUACGAACAACACCGUCCUUGAGACGUUAAAUUUUUACAUGACAGAUCUUGCCCAAGUCAGAUUUCAAGAUCUCGAGCUCAUAGCCAAAAACUGCCGUUCCUUAAUUUCUGUUAAAAUUAGUGAUUGUGAAAUCCUGGAUCUGGUGGGCUUCUUUCGAGCUGCUGGUGUUUUGGAGGAAUUUUGCGGAGGUUCCUUCAAUGAUCAACCAGAGAGAUAUGCCGCUGUAGCCUUGCCCCAGAAUCUCCGCAGUUUGGGUCUUACAUACAUGGGAAAGAAUGAAAUGCCAAUAGUUUUCCCUUUUGCAAACAUGCUCAAGAAGUUGGACCUCUUGUAUGCCCUGCUUCGUACGGAAGACCAUUGUACUUUGAUUCAGAGAUGCCCCAACUUAGAAGUGCUUGAGACUAGAAACGUGAUUGGAGAUAGAGGAUUAGAAGUACUUGCUGGUCAUUGCAAGAAGCUGAAACGGCUUAGAAUUGAGCGAGGUGCGGAUGAGCAGGGAUUGGAGGACGAGGAAGGUCUUGUUUCACAAAGAGGAUUGAUUGCUUUGGCUCAGGGCUGUCUGGAACUGGAAUACUUAGCUGUGUAUGUUUCCGAUAUCACGAAUUCCUCUCUCGAGUGCAUUGGCACUUACUCGAAAAAUCUCUGCGAUUUUCGCCUGGUCCUGCUGGAUCGAGAAGUGAGCAUAACGGAUCUGCCACUUGACAAUGGAGUUCAAGCUCUGUUGAGAGGGUGUUCUGAGAAGCUGAAAAGAUUUGCUUUGUAUCUUCGGCCUGGUGGAUUGACGGACGUUGGUCUUGGUUACAUAGGGAGGUACAGCCCAAAUGUGAGAUGGAUGCUUCUCGGUUAUGUGGGGGAGUCUGAUGCUGGACUGUUGGAAUUCUCUCGCGGCUGCCCCAGCCUGCAGAAGCUUGAGAUGAGAGGGUGUUGCUUUAGCGAGCAUGCAUUGGCAGCCUCCGUCAUGCAACUCACUUCCCUCAGGUAUCUGUGGGUUCAAGGCUACAGAGAGUCCUCCUCAGGCCGCGAUCUUCUGGCAAUGGCACGCCCGUUCUGGAACAUCGAAUUGAUUCCGUCGAGACGAGUUGUGGUGUCGGAUGAAGUUGGGGAUAUGGUGGUCGCUGAUCACCCUGCACAUAUACUUGCAUACUAUUCCCUAGCAGGACCAAGAACUGAUUUUCCAGACAGCGUUGUGCCAUUGGAUUCGUCGUCCUUGAUCGCGGCGUAGAGCAUAUGGGCUGUUGUACAUACAACAACAUCAACGUCAACGUCAACAUCAACAUCAACAUCAACAUCGACAACGACAAUCUCUCCUUUCUUCAUUUUUCCACGUCCUGUUAAUAGAAUUCAACGUUACAAAUUGCGGUUAGGAAUGUGUUUGCAAUGUCAUUUUGUUGUGGUUGUAUUAUAUAGGCAAGAAAGAAAGACAGACAGACAGACAGACAGAGAAGACAGAGAAGACGGUUUUAGUGUUGUAAUAAUAAGGCUGUGUUUUUUGUUCUUAAAACAGUUUAUGCAAAGACUCUUCCCUUUUCCUUUCGCCCAUUUGGAAGAAGAAGGCUGUGUUUUUUUUUUUUUGUUUCUGAGUCGAAUCCUUCCUAAAAAAGUUAGUUGGAGAAUGGUUUGUUGUAUCAGUUGUGGAUAAAUGAAAGAGCCCUUUACCUUCA